AUGCCACGUGUAGUCACCCUUGGUGUGACGGGCGGCAUUGGAAGUGGCAAGUCUGUACGUUGCGGUCAUCUGCUGCGGUUGGCACAGGCGCGUGCACGGCAGUCAAUACAUUCCUUUGCGGCGCACAUUAUCACUGGGGACAAGGUGGGCCAUGAUAUUUAUUCUCCGGGAAAGCCGUGCUACUACGACAUUAUCGGUGCAUUCGGGAAAGACAUCCUGCAGGACAAAGAAAAAAACACAUUGACAGUGACAUCAUCUUCUUCCCCAAGCGAGCCAUAUAUUGACCGAAGGAAGCUCGGGGCUCGCGUGUUCGAGGAGUUUCAUUCAAAAGAGUUGCAGCAGCUUAACAAUAUUUGUUGGUCGCACAUUCACGAUGCAGUUGAGCAGGAGAUUGAGGUCGCUUCGAACAAGGCUCUAGCAAAUAAGAAAGCCGUGCUGUUGAUUAUUAUGGAAGCUGCACUCCUCCUCGAAAGCAGUUUGUUGUCUCUGUGCGACGAUGUUUGGAUCACGACAUGCGACAAGCGCGUUGCUGUGGAGCGUGUGAUGAAGCGUGAUCACUUGACAGAGCAGCAGGCCACGGCCCGUGUUGAGGCCCAAGGUAGUCUUGAUAAGAAACUGGAGUUUUUGAAGAACAUAAAGUUUAAAGGCGAGGUGGUGACAUUUAACACGACAUGCGAAUCCCUGGAGGAGGGACUCAAACGAGUCACGAUGGCCUUCGACGAAUACUGGCUGCGGAAACUGCAGCCGCUACUAAAUAACCCGGAUGCGGAAAUGGGUUCAUGGUAA